UCAUGGCGCCUAAGUGCCUCUGACACAUCUCAGUCAGCGUCCCAGCUGGCCGGACUGCUUUUUUCUGUGACCUUUACUCGCUGCGAUCUGUGCGAGAGGACCCUGGGAGACCCUCAAGCCACGCAAUGGUGUCUCCUGGGUUCCCUACUGUAACCCUUUCAUGUUGGUGUCCUGGAGAAACCCAUGGAAAUGACCAAUGGAGAAGGGUACAGCUGAGAUUAAAGAACAGAGCUUCAGUUCAAGGAGGCAGUGACCUUUGAGGAUGUGAUAGUGACCUUCACCAUAGAGGAGUGGGUUUUGCUGAAUCCAUCCCAAAAGAAGCUCUACAGAGAUGUAAUGUGGGAAACCUUUAGGAACAUGGUGGCUAUAGGAAGAAACUGGGUGAACCAGCAAAUUAAAGAAGAGUACAAAAAUUUUUGGAGAAAUCUAAGAAGUGAAAACAUAGAAAAAUACUAUGAAUGCAAAGAUUGGACUGAACAUGAAGAAGUAUUUCUUGGGACUUCAGAUCCUAAUGUGAACAUCAAAAAACCUGGUUUCAAUCCAGCUGAAAGCCUUAAUUGUAGAAGGCCCCUGGUUGAUUAUUUAUUGCUAAAUGUCCCCGUCAUAACUCACACAGGACUGAAACCAUAUGAGUAUGAGAGAUUAGAAGAGAAACUACAUAAAUGUAAUGAACAUGGGAAAAUUUGUAGUAAAUUCCAGUUGUUUCAAAAGCAUGAAAGUAUAAACUCUGGAGAGAAACCUUAUGAACACAAGCCAUGUGGGAAAACCUACUGUAAUUCCAUUGAACCUACUGUGACUCCUCAUGCUGGAGAGAAACUUCUUGUGUGUAAAGGUAUGCCUGCCUCCAGAACAUCCAGUUAUGUUCAGAAUCAUGAAAGAAAUCACAGUGGAGUGAAUCCGUAUGUGUGUAAACAAUGUGGAAAAGCUUUUAUGUCUUUCCACUAUUUUCAAAUACAUGAAAAAACACAUACCAGAGAGAAGUCCUAUGUAUGUAAGGAAUGUGGGAAAGCAUUUUCCCAUAGUAAUUCUUUUUGCAAACAUAAAAGAAUUCACACUGGAGAGAAACCCUAUGUAUGUGAACAGUGUGGGAAAGCAUUUAUCACACGUAGUUAUUUUCAAAGACAUGAAAGGAUACACACUGGGGAAAAACCCUAUGUAUGUAAGCAAUGUGGGAAAGCCUUUAGUAUGCACAGUAAUUGUCAAAUCCAUGAAAGAAUUCACACUGGGGAGAAACCCUAUGUAUGUAAGCAGUGUGGGAAAGCUUUCAUUACAUCUUGGCAUUGUCAAAGACAUGAAAGGAUACACACUGGGGAGAAACCCUAUGUAUGUAAGCAAUGUGGGAAAGCCUUCAGUAUGCAUAGUAACUGUCAAAUCCAUGAAAGAAUUCACACUGGGGAGAAACCCUAUGUAUGUAAGCAGUGUGGGAAAGCUUUCAGCAGACACUAUGAUUGUCAAAUACAUGAAAGAAAUCACACUGGGGAGAAACCCUAUGUAUGUAAGCAAUGUGGAAAAGCCUUCAGUACACACAGUAAUUGUCAAAAACAUGAAAGGAGACAUACUGGGGAAAAACCUUAUAUAUGUAAGCAAUGUGGAAAAGCAUUCAGUACACACAGUCAUUGUCAAAAACAUGAGCAAAAUCAGACCCGUGAGAAAACCUAUAAGUGUAAGCAGUGUGAGAAAGCUUUCUGUUCUAAGUGUUUAUUAUAUGAACAUAAAAAAACUCACACUGCAGAGAAACCCUAUGUAUGUAAGCAAUGUGGGAAAGCCUUUGGCAGACACUAUGAUUGUCAAAUACAUGAAAGAAGUCACACUGGAGAAAAACCCUAUGCAUGUAAGCAGUGUGGGAAAGCUUUCACUACACAAGGUCAUUGUCAAAGGCAUGAAAGAACUCACACUGGGGAGAAACCUUAUGUAUGUAAGCAAUGUGGGAAAGCCUUUAGCAGACAAGGUACUUGUCAAAUACAUGAAAGAAUUCACACUGGGGAGAAACCUUAUAUAUGUAAGCAGUGUGGAAAAGCUUUCAGCAGACAUAAUGAUUGUCAAAUACAUAAAAGAACUCACACUGGGGAGAAACCUUAUGUAUGUACGCAAUGUGGGAAAGCAUUUGCUGAUAACAGUUCAUUUUAUAGACAUAAAAGAACUCAUACUGGGGAGAAACCCUAUGCAUGUAAGCAGUGUGGGAAAGCAUUCAGUACAUGCAGUGAUUGUCAGAUUCAUGAAAGAAGUCACAAAGGGGAAAAACCAUAUGUAUGUAAGCAAUGUGGGAAAGCAUUUAGUACAAACAAGUAUUGUCAAAUACAUGAAAGAAGUCACACUGGGGAGAAAUCCUAUAUAAGCAGGCCUAUUUUGAAAAUCCUGUAAAAUUUCCUCUUGUAGUAGAGAUCUAUAGGAAUAAUAUAAAGUGUUUGUUGUUAAUUAUAUCAAGAAUGUAAUUUUACUCACUUUUUCAUAUUAGAGCCAUUAUAUGCACAAAAUUUUAUGUGUUUCAACCUUCAAAAUGUUACUUUUUGUAUUUAUAUUUUCAUAACUUUCAAUUUGGUGGUAAUUUUUCCAUCAGUUUUACCAAAAAAAAAAAAAAUACUGCUGUGAGUGCCCUUGGCUACAGACUGGGACCAUAAUGUUUUUAGAUAGUAUAUCAAGGAUUAUAGUAUUAUAUCAGUCCAAAAAGUGUAAAUGAUGAUGUGAAUUGUCAGCAACAAUAUUUUCAAAGGAAUUUUUGUCAGCAAUGGAGUUCUUUUGAGGAGAAUGGUUGCUAUUGCAUGUAAUGAAGCACAUGCCUUUCUUUAAUUCCCUGAUGUUGUGAUGUUUUGCCUAAAAACCUGACCUAAUAGCAUGAAGAAAAGCCUAACUCAUGAGAGGUAUCAGUUCAGUAAACGAGGAAAUUUACAAAUUUGAUUCAGAUUGUGUUGUUUUACUUGUUCUAGAUAUAAAUUUUUGCAAUGCUCUUUUUUCAUUAUCUGUAAGGACUGUGCUCUUAUGAUUGAGAUAUGUGACAUUCUUUCAGUCACAUAGACUUAACCAAGUUAUGAACAUUAAGCCAACUCUGGACUCCCUGACUUGUAUUUUUUCCUUCCUUACAUUUAAACAUUGAAAAAUUUUAUAAAAUGUUUUGAAUACCUUUGCUCAUGAAUCCAGCAACUGCUCAGUUUCUCAUGGGAUUACAUUGUGAUGAACCUUUGGUAACAUGAAAACAUAAGUGGAUGGUAUACUUGCUUGUCCUGUCUUUAAUUACGUUGAGACACAUAAAUUAGUCAUGAAAAUUUGG